CUGUAUUGAAUCAGGUUGCGGGUUGAUGUACAGAUUAAUAAUAAAAAUAAAAACCUAGUCAAACCUUAUUAUUUUAACUGGCUCACUCGCUUGUGGAUUUGGUAGAUUCCUUCCCCCCCACCCUGCGCGAGUAAUGCGGAACUCCUUGCAGUUGCUCAGUUGAAUUGAAAUGAGGCUGGCGGUGCAGGUAAUGCAGCGUUAUUGAAAGGAUGAGACGAGUAAUCGGGUGCAGCGAAUGCAUCCAGAAUAAUAUAUGCAGAGACCCAUGAUCAAAACGACACUGCUUACUUUCUGAAAGGCAGACGUUUCUGUUCUUUCUUUCUUUUGACCACGGGGGAUCAUUGUGUGCUGCAACGGACGUUUACAGUUUGACAGCCCAUCACCCCACCCUCACACCUUCAUCCGGAACCCAGAAUGCACUGCGCAAUCCUGUUUCAAGCCACGCCGCAUAGUUAAGACUGCACUUAAGGGAUUGGACGACUGCUGGCCAAUGAGCUGUGGUUUUGCCGAAGCUGCGAUGACCUAGUGGAUGCUGUCUGAAAAUGCUGAAAAGGAAAGAGUGUCCUCGAUUACUGGACUACCUGAUCGUAGUUGGAGUCAGGCAGCCAAGCAGCGACAGCGUUGUCCAGACCCCGGAGCUACUGCGCCGCUACCCCCUCGAGGACCACCAUGAAUUCCCGCUGCCCCCCGAUGUGGUCUUCUUCUGCCAGCCAGAGGGAUGCCUGAGCGUGCGGCAGAAACGCAUGAGCCUGCGGGACGACACCUCCUUCGUCUUCACCCUCACCGACAAGGACUCGGGCGUGGUGCACUAUGGCAUCUGCGUCAACUUCUACCGCUCCUUCCAGAAGCGCCACCGGAGCCGGGAGAAGGGCAAAGCCACCGCAGCCACCGCUAAUGCUGCCUCCAGCGAGGAGACCGGCAACGAGAGCUCAGAGAGCGGCUCCUCACUCCAGCCGACCAGCGCAGACUCCACCCCAGACGUUAACAAGUCACCUCGGGGCAAACGCUGUGCCAAACUCGCCCAGAGGAACCGGAACAGCACCCUGACCUCCCUGUGCAUUCUGAGCCAGUACCCCUUCUUCUCAACCUUCCGGGAAUGUCUCAACAUCCUGAAGAGGAUGGUCGACUCCUGCAGCGAGAGGCUGACCAAGAAAGCGGGCAUCCCGAAAGGAGUACAAAGGGACACGAUGUGGCGCGUGUUCACGGGUGCGCUGUCUGUCGAGGAGAAGAGCAGUGUGCUGCUGCAGGACCUGCGGGAGAUCGAAUCCUGGGUGUAUCGGCUGCUACGCUCGCCGGUGCCCCUCUCCGGGCAGAAGCGCGUCGACGUGGAGGUGCUGCCCCCCGAGCUGCAGCCAGCCCUGACCUUCGCCCUCCCUGACCCCUCCCGCUUCUCGCUGGUCGACUUCCCCCUACACCUGCCCCUCGAGCUGCUGGGUGUUGACGCAUGUCUGCAGGUCCUAUGCUGCAUCCUGCUGGAGCACAAGGUGGUGCUUCAGUCCCGAGACUACAACGCCCUGUCUAUGAGCGUCAUGGCCUUCGUCACAAUGAUCUACCCACUGGAGUACAUGUUCCCUGUGAUCCCUCUGCUUCCCACCUGCAUGGCCUCUGCAGAACAGCUUCUCUUAGCUCCCACUCCCUAUAUCAUCGGAGUCCCCUCCAGUUUCUUCCUGUACAAAUCCGAUUUCCGGAUGCCAGAUGAUGUGUGGCUGGUGGACCUUGACACUAACAAGGUGACCGUUCCCAGUAACGCCGAAUUCCUGCCAGUGUUCCCGGAGCCAGAAGCCUCCGAACUGAAGAAACACUUGAAACAGUGUCUGGUUAGCAUGACCGCUCUCAUGCAAAGGCAGCUCUUCGCUUCCGAGAACAAGGCCUUGGCCAGCAUGAGUCUCAACACUCAGCCCAUCCUGAACCUGGAGAAGUUCCACGAGGGGCAGGACCUGCCACUCCUCGCUGCCCGAGCCCGGGACGAUGGGGCCUCCACCCCCUCCAACGACUUCAACCCCCUGAUCUACGGCAACGACGUGGACUCCGUUGACGUGGCCACGAGGAUUGCCAUGGUGAGGUUCUUCAACUCUCCCAACGUGCUCCAGGGGUUCCAGAUGCACACUCGCACCCUCCGCCUCUUCCCCCGACCAGUCGUGGCUUUCCAGGCCAACUCCUUCCUGGCCUCCAGACCCAAGCAGUCAGUCUUCGCAGAGAAGCUGUCCCACACCCAGGCAGUGGAGUACUUCGGAGAGUGGUCCCUCAAUCCCACUAACUAUGCAUUCCAGAGGAUCCAUAACAAUGUGUACGACCCAUCCCUCAUUGGGGACAAGCCCAAAUGGUAUGCGCACCAGCUCCAUCCCAUAUACUAUCGCGUGUAUGAUGGGAACUCCCAGCUCGCAGAGGCCAUGAACGCACCCCUGGAGAGGGAGGCUGACAACGACUCGGACCCCACUGAUGACAGUGGGAGUGACAGUGUCGACUAUGAUGACUCCAGCUCUUCUUACUCCUCGCUUGGGGACUUUGUCAGUGAAUUGAUGAAGUGUGACAUCAAAGGGGACACCCCCAAUGUGGACUCCCUGACCCACGCCGCCCUGGGAGACGCCAGCGAGGUGGAGUUUCAGGAUUUCCAGGAGUAUCGGGUUGACCCCGAGGAGCAGGCUCCGGACAGCGAGAACUCCCCGGAGAACAACAUCCAACCCCACUCCAGCUCCAGCACCACGGCCAGCUCCAGCCCCAGCACAAGCACAGUCAUCCAGGGGGUGAACCAUGAGUCUUCCGACUCUGUAGACGUGGAGGACAAGUCCGGGCCUGGGUUCCAGAACCACCUCCCAGUCAUGGGGAUGCAGCAGCAGUUCCCCAAGCUGAGCCUGGAGCGCCGGGAGGGCGAGGGGGCACCCCCUGCUGACGGGCUGGUGAAGAAGCGCGAGUACGACAACCCCUACUUCGAACCGCAGUACGGCUUCCCCACAGAGGAGGAGGAUGAGGACACAGCCGGGGAGCAGGAGGAGAGCUACACACCCAGGUUCAACCAGAACAUCAACGGAAACAAGCGAGUGGGGGCAGGGGGCACUUCCUUUGAGUGUCAAGGAAACGAGGGCCGGAAAUCCCAGAAGCCCCUGCGCCCCAACAGCCUGAAGCUGCCGAACGACUCUGACGCUGACUCCGACUCCCGAGCCAGCUCUCCCAACUCCACCAUCUCCAACACCAGCAACGAGGGCUUCGGAGGAAUCAUGUCCUUCGCCAGUAACUUGUACAAGAACCAUAGUACCAGCUUCAGUCUCUCCAAUUUGGCGUUGCCCACAAAGGCAGCGAGGGAUAAAACCACCCCUUUCCCCAGCCUCAAAGUAUUUGGGUUAAAUACUAUAAUGGAGAUAAUAACUGAAGCUGGCACAGUGAGCAGUGAAGGGAACAGAAGAGCGCUGGUCGACCAGAAAUCUUCAGUCAUAAAACACAGUCCGACCAUCAAGAAGGAGUCUCCCUCUCCACAGGGCAGAGCAAACAAUACCAGUGAGAACCAGCAGUUCCUGAAGGAGGUGGUCCAGAACGUUCUGGACGGGCAGGGCGUGGGCUGGCUGAACAUGAAGAGAGUGCGUCGCCUGCUAGAGAACGAGCAGCUGCGCGUCUUCGUGCUGAGCAAGCUGAACCGGGCCAUCCAAUCAGAGGAGGACGCUCGGCAGGAGGUCAUUCACGAUGUGGAGAUCAAUCGGAAAGUGUACAAGGGGAUGCUGGACCUGCUGAAGUGUGCGGUGUCCAGCCUGGAGCACUCGUACACCAACGCAGGGCUCGGGGGCAUGGCCAGCGUCUUCAGCCUGCUGGAGAUCGCCCGCACUCACUACUACACCAAAGAAAUUGACAAGCGCAAGCGGAGCCCUACAGAUGGAGGAGGGAUGAGCCCGGGCAGUAAGGACAGUUUAACUCCCAAAGGGGAGACAGCUAAGCCCCUCGGCACCUUGCUGGUACCCAAGCUCAAGCUCCAGCCUCCUGUCUCUUCCUCUGGGGGGAAAGGGGCCAAAGAGUUUGACACGAGGAGUCUCAACGAGGAAAACUUUGUAGCAUCUAUUGGUGUGUACCAACCUGCAUGUGCUGAAUUAUGGAACAAGCACCAGGAUAUCAGAAAGCAAAAAGCUAUGGAAAAACAGAGAACUGAAGGAGUAAAGCAGUUCUUUGACCUGGUGGAAACAGAUGAGAAGAAGUCUCAGAUCAGCGCGGACAGUGGGCUGAGCAUCACUUCAGGCUCUCAGAAGAGUGACACAGAUUCCAUCGCCAGCUCCAAGCCGCCAGCACUGACACGGAGCACCAGUCAGGAUUCGGAGGCCAGCACAGUGGUGAGCAACAGCUCAGGGGAGACCAUGGGGGCCGACAGUGACAUGAGCAGCAACGCAGAGGACGGACCCCUAGGGAAAACCGCGCCCCACUUAACUGUGUCCAGAGGAACUCUGUCAGACAGCGAGAUAGAGACCAACUCCGCCACAAGCUCCAUAUUCGGUAAAACCCACAUGCUGACACCGGGGUUGAAGGGCAGCAGGGGGAGCCUCCCUGCGAAGGCAUCGGCCCUGGUGCCCCAGGAGGACAUCAGCAUGAGGGUGUACCUGUGUGAGGGGCUGCUGGGGAGAGACAAGAGCUCAGUCUGGGAUCAGCUGGAGGAUGCUGCAAUGGAAACGUUCUCUCUGAGUAAGGAGCGCUCCACACUGUGGGAUCAGGUGCAGUUCUGGGAAGAUGCUUACCUGGACGCGGUGAUGCUGGAGAGGGAGGGGAUGGGCAUGGACCAGGGACCUCAGGAAAUGAUUGACAGGUAUCUUUCAUUGGGAGACCACGAUCGUAAGCGUUUGGAGGAUGACGAAGACAAAUUGUUAGCGACCCUCUUGCACAACAUGAUUGCCUACAUGCUUAUGAUGAAGGUGAAUAAGAAUGACGUCAGAAAGAAGGUCCGACGGCUGAUGGGAAAAUCCCACAUUGGUCUUGCUUACAGUCAGGAGGUCAACGAAGCCCUGGAUCGCUUAGCAGAGCUGAACGGUCGGGAGCUCCUAAUCAGACAGAGCGGCAGCCGGCACAUUAAGAAGCAAACCUUUGUGGUGCAUGCUGGGACGGAUACCACAGGAGACAUAUUCUUUAUGGAGGUUUGUGACGAUUGCAUCGUGCUGAGGAGCAACAUCGGCACGGUUUACGAGCGCUGGUGGUACGAGAAGCUCAUCAACAUGACUUACUGUCCCAAAACCAAAGUGCUGUGUCUGUGGAGGAGGAAUGGGCAGGAGACGCAGCUCAACAAGUUCUAUACAAAGAAGUGUCGGGAGCUGUAUUACUGUGUGAAGGACAGCAUGGAGCGUGCUGCUGCAAGGCAACAGAGCAUUAAACCAGGGCCUGAGCUGGGCGGUGAGUUCCCUGUGCAGGACAUGAAGACGGGAGAGGGGGGGCUGCUGCAGGUCACUCUGGAGGGCAUCAACCUCAAGUUCAUGCACAGUCAGGUUUUCAUAGAGCUGAAGCACAUUAAAAAGUGCAAUACUGUCAAAGGAGUCUUUGUCCUGGAGGAAUUUGUUCCUGAAACUAAAGAAGUGGUGAUCCACAAGUACAAGACUCCGAUGGCCCACCAGAUCUGCUACUCAGUGCUGUGUCUCUUCUCCUACAUGGCUGCAGUGAGAGGGAAGGAAGCAGAGGGCAAAGCAAAGGCACUGUCUCCGAGGCUCAUCCCCAGCUAGCUCCUGUCUCCCCUCCCCUCCCUGUCUCCCCUCGCCUCCCCUCCCCAAGCAGAAGGGUUGCUCGCUCACUGUACACCACAGAAGACUCUCAUUCACAUUCCUGACCAUGUCGUGUCAUGUUUAGUGCACAGAACGUUGUUGUCUUGUUAAAUUAUGUAUGUCUUUUUACUGCUGCAAAUCCCUUCGUGGUCAUUUUGUUGUGCGUUUUCCUGUUUUAAUUUCCAAGCACUGUUUUAUGUGGGAUUCUGAAUGUAUUUUACUGGCUGUGGCUGGUUGGUAAGGCUUUUUAUUUAUGUGUUCAUUUUUAGGUUAAUAAAUAAACAAAUACAAUUCAAAA